AUGUCUACCAUUGCCACUAUGGAACCCUCAUCCCCGCCCCUCACUCCCCUUUCGUUAGAACUGGAGACAAGUGGGCGGGGAGGAAGCGCGCUGAUAACGAACAGACGCGACAGCGACAUCAACUUCCGCAGCGUCACCUGGCAAGGAGCAGGGAUCCUGAUCGCGAAGUUCCAGAUCGGGCUCGGCGCACUGAGCCUGCCGUCCACCUUCCACACGCUGGGCUUCGUCCCAGGCGUGCUGUGCUUCCUCGUGCUAGCAGCCAUCACAACCAGCGCCGGGUACCUGUGCGGCAACGCACGGCGCUACUACCCGCACAUGCACAGCAUCGGCGACGCGGCAGAGCUGCUCUUCGGGACGACCGCCCGCGAGCUCGUCGGCGUCUUGUACUACGUUUAUCUGGCGCUGGUGGCCGGCGCGGGCAUGCUGACGACGUCGGUGGCGCUGAACGCGCUGUCGGACCACGGCGCUUGCUCGAUGGUCUUUGUGGCGGUUGCUUGUGCCGGGGCGUUUGUUGUCGGCACGGCGUUCCGCUCGCUGGAGAAGGUCGCGUGGAUAAGCUGGGUUGGCGUCGCGGGGAUUGUCGUUGCCAUUUGGAUCGCUGCCAUCGGGUGUCUUGCGGGCGGGGAGCGCCCCGCGGCGGCACCGCCGGCGAGUGCUGGCCCCAUCGACCUUGAUAUUCGGGUCUGGCCGAGGGCGACCUUUCCGCAGGCGAUGGCGGCCGUGUCGAGCCAGUUGUUUGCGCUGGGCGCGUCGGGGACGUUCUUUUCUGUGGCGGCGGAGAUGGAGAAGCCUGAGCUGUUCACGCGGUCGCUGGUGUGCGGGCAGUCGUUUAUCAUCGUCACCAAUCUCGCCAUCUCGUCUAUCAUCUAUGGCAAGGUUGGCCAAUACCUCGCGAGUCCGGCGCUGGGAUCCGCGGGCCCUCUGAUCAAGAAGAUAUCGUACGGGGUGGCGUUCCCGGGCCUGCUGGUGACGGCCGUGCUGUGGAGCCACAUCGCGGCGAAGUACUGGUUUGUUCGGAUCCUGCGCGGCACGCGACACCUCCAGUCGAGUACUUUCACGCACUGGUCCGUCUGGGCCGGGUCGAUGCUGGUGACGGUGGUGUUUGGGUUCGUCGUUGUGGGAGUGGUGCCGUUUUUCGACAAUUUUCUGAGCCUGGUGGGCGCGCUCGUGAACCCUGUCUUUACGAACCUGCUGCCCGGUUCUAUGAUUCUCUACUUUCUGGCGGAGAACCCGCGCCGGGAGGAUGAGGGCAUUGCGCAUGCGGGCGGCGUGGAGGAGUUGGUUUCACCCAGACAGUGGCUGCCCAAGGCUUUCCGGUCGUAUCAGAAAGGGUGGAAGCAGACCGUGGCGCUGGUUGUCGCGUGUUUCAUGAUCCUCACGGGACUUCUGAUCAUCGUGGGAGGAACUUAUGCGACGAUUCUCGUGAUCCAGGAAUCAUACGACGAAGGGACAGUGUCGGGGGUGUUCUCGUGUGCCGACAAUUCCUAG